GGGGGAGAGAGAGAGAGAGAGAGCGGGAGGGAGGGAGCCGGGCGGCCAGGCAGGGGAUGCUCAGGAUGAUGGCGGCGGCCGACGGGAGCGCAGGCAGCAACCGACUGGAGGUGUCCAUCGACGGGCUGACGCUCAGCCCCGAACCUGAGCGGCAGGAGGUGGAGGCGGCCUCGGCCUCGGCCUCCGUCCACAGCCACAACCGUUUGAACUCACUCCCGGACGGGCCUACGCCCGGCUCUGGAGACGGAGAGGGCGGUGGGUCCGCAGUGGCCGCCGCCAACGACGUGGACCCCGAGCUGGAGCCGGAGCAAACCCCCAGAGAGGCCGAGAAGAUGGAGAACGCGUGGGGCUUCCCCCUGAGGGAGCUCUACUGCCUGGCCCUUAAAUUCUUUAAAGAGAAGGACGGAAAAGCUUUUCACCCAACGUACGAAGAGAAACUUAAACUGGUAGCUCUGCAGAAACAGAUCUCAGCCGGUCCCUACAGUCCUGACACGUGUCCUGAGGUCGGCUUCUUUGAUGUUCUUGGCAGCGAUCGGAGGAGAGUGUGGACGGCCUUGGGGAGCAUGCAGAAGGAGGAUGCCAUGGUGGAAUUUGUCCAGCUCCUGAACAAAUGCUGCUGCCUGUUCCAACCGUACGUCACCUCCCAUAAAAUAGAGAAGGAAGAGCAAGAGAGAAAGAGGAGAGAAGAGGAGGAGAAGCGGCGCCAGGAGGAGGAGGAGCGAGAGCGGCUGCGGCAGGAGGAAGAGCGACGGCAGCUAGAGGAGGAAGAGAAGAAGAGACGGGAAGAGGAGGAGAGGAGGCGGCUGGAGGAGGAGCGAUUACGAAUGGAGCAGCAGAAGCAGCAGAUCAUGGCGGCCCUGAAUGCACAGACGGCGGUGCAGUUUCAGCAGUACGCGGCCCAGCAGUUCCCCGGUAACCUGGAGCAGCAGCAGCUGCUCAUCCGACAGCUCCAGGAGCAGCACUAUCAGCAGUACAUGCAGCAGCUCUACCAGGUGCAGCUCGCACAGCAGCAGGCCACCCUACAGAAACAGCAGGAGCCAAUUGUAGCCGCCACCCACUCGGGGGUCGGGGAGAUGCCAACCGUGAACGGACAGACUCCCGGCCAGAUGGACAGCUUGGAGAAAGAGCCUGAGCCAGAAACAGCCGAGGAAGUGCUCGAGAACGGACCAAAAGAUGGAAUUCCGGUGAUAGCAGCACCGUCCAUGUGGACCCGGCCACAGAUCAAAGAUUUUAAGGAGAAGAUCCGUCAGGACGCAGACUCUGUGAUCGCGGUGGGCCGAGGAGAGGUGGUGACCGUGAGGGUCCCCACGCAUGACGAGGGCUCCUACCUCUUCUGGGAAUUUGCUACAGACAAUUAUGACAUAGGCUUUGGGGUGUAUUUUGAAUGGACGGAUUCUCCGAACACGGCAGUCAGCGUGCACGUUAGCGAGUCCAGCGACGACGAGGAGGAAGAUGAAGAGAGUCCCAGCGGAGAGGAAAAAGUCAAGAAGAGCGCCAGAAAAGUGCAGGUGGAUGAGGUGGUUCCAGUCUACAGACGGGACUGUCAUGAGGAAGUGUACGCUGGAAGCCACCAGUACCCGGGCCGGGGUGUCUAUCUCCUUAAAUUCGAUAACUCGUAUUCCUUGUGGAGGUCAAAAACAGUUUAUUACAGAGUGUAUUAUACCAGAUAAACGUGUAACUAAUGUUUAGACACCUGUACUUUUUUUUGUAAAUCUUUAAUUUGCACACCGUGCGUCAAAAAUAAUUAUCCUUAAACAAAACUGAGGCGUAGAGUGGGAAGAUCGGAGGUGUGUGGUGGCGGUGGGGGAGUGGUGGGGAGUUGGGGAAACAAUGUGCAGUGGAGGGGAAAGUGGGUUGGGAGGUGAUGGAUGUACAAUUGGUAACUAUCACUGCCAGGAGAUGAUGCUAUGUUAGACUUUUAUCUCUACCUGUCCGUGUCGCUGUUCGCUGUGGGUAUUCCUUUAUGUUUCCUUUCCACUCCUUCUCUCCUCCCCUCCUUCCCCUCUCUCUGCCUGUUUCCCUUUCAGCAAAUGCUCAGACAUUACACAGCAUAGCGCCAGGGCUGCCUUAAGAGAUUCCAUAAACCUGUCCGAGAAUUAAUCUUCUCCACUCUUUUUGUUAUAAAGUCUUAUUAAACUUUAAAAAUCGGUGGCAUUUUUUGCUAAGGGGGCAGUUUGAAGAAGUGACUGACGGAGCUUUGUCCAGAAUCCUCCAGAUUGUGAGCUAAUGACGGACUCUUGUGGACGUGUCUGGGUCAAACUAACACCCUCAGUGUUUUUCCCCCUUAACACCAAGUCAUACAGCCUACUGAGACUCACUGUCUACAUUCCCUCCUCCCUAUAUCACCAUCAAAACUCCUGUCCCUCCACCUCCAGUCGCACAGCCUGAGUUUUCAGUGUACAGCCUGUGAGUAGCUGAUGUUGGACAGUAUAUUGA